AGAGAGAGAGAGAGAGUGAGAGAGAGAGAGAGAGAGAGAGAGAGAGAGAGAGAAAGAGAGAGAAGGCAUAGAGAGACUCACACCACCACCAUUACACACCUGUCAGUGCAGGUGAAGACAGUAAUUCCUGAACAACUAAACCUGGAGAUUUCACCAGAGGGCUCUUUUUUAACUGUUUGGACUGUUUUUCUUUUUUUAAACAAUCGAGACUAAUUUCUGUUCUAUGUAAUAAUAGUGUUUUGGACAUAAUUGAACUUUAAUUUGAAGAUUUACUCUUUGUUGCUGCCACCAGUUGAUGCAGUCAGUGAUUCCUGAAUCCAAAUAUUCAGGUGUUCUCUGAGGAGUGAAAACUGUUCUAGACGGUAUCACAGCCUGAAGGAGUCGGCGUGGUUGUCUCUGAGUCAUCCGUCUUCAGAUAAGCCCCGUGAUCAUGGCAGACUUUCCGUCCAAAGUUACCACAGAGACCAGCUCCCCCAACUCCCAGGGAUCUCAGCAGGGGGGCAACAGCCUCCGAGGACUCACAGCGAACGUCACCAUCAUGAUGGACAUGUCCUUUAUCCGAAGCAUCCCAGCCAUCCUCAUGAUAGCUGAAAUAAUUCUGGGGCUACUCCAGUGGGCGUUGAUAGCCAGCGCUCCCUACACAUUGCUGCCAGCAUAUGGCUGGGUGAUGUUUGUGGCUGUCACUCUGUGGAUCCUCACCACCAUCCUCUUCUUCAUGAUCCUAUUCAGUGCUCCACAAAAACUCACUGCUGUUCCCUGGCCCCUAACGGUGAUGGCGUAUAACGGCAUUGCUACAGUCCUCUACCUGACUGCUUUCCUGGCCAACGCAGCAUCUGUCCAUCCCUUCAUUCACACUUAUUUCUACGGACAUAUGGCAGCCGCUGCUUUCUUUGGUGCUUUAGUGACCCUGGCGUAUGGUGCAAGUGCUUUCUUCUCCUAUCUGGACUGGAGGGGAGACGGAGGAAACGCUGCCACUAGCACAGUGCCAACCUAGGACACAAACCUGCAAUGCUGCUCCAGGGAGAAGACUGCUCAUGUUUUCUCUCCCUCAAGAUACUGUACUUAUUUUGAAAGUCUAGUGUUGACACUGAACCCUCAUCACACUGUCACUUGACUAUUACUCUAGUAACCCAAAUCCUGACCUCAGCCUGACCCCAGUAUUAACAAUAAGAUGAAACCUAGUCAUGACAGAAGAUAUUCACACAUUAAUUUUCAGUCAAUAGACCAUUGCCCUCACAUUAUGAACUUAAGUUACAUAUCAACACCAGAUUAUCCAUAUAAAAUGUGGAUAAUGAUGACUGUAUCUCAACAACACAAUAUUUCUUUGAAAAAAACUUUGGUGGAGCCAAGGGUGUCUUCAGGUCUUGGUAAUACCAAGUGUGUGAAGUAUAUCACUACACAGGUUUUAUUCAAAAUACACAUAGACACCUCACUAUGUGCUUAUAGUAAUGGUUUUUAAAAUAAUCCAAAUUCAGCUUCUUUCUAAUAGUUAGAAUUAUUGAUACCACUCUCAUGUCUGUGAUAAAUGUGAAGCUGCUGCCAGCAGCUGGAUGCUUAGCUUAGCAAGACAAAACAAGAGGAAACAGCUGGUGUGUCUCUGUCUUAAGGUAGCGAAAUCCUUUUCCCAGCAUAUGUAAAGCUCAUUAAUUAACAUGUUGAUGCAAAAACCUAAGUGUAAAAAUGACAGGUUACAGUUUUACAGGCGUUAUGCCUCAGACUAACUUUAUUUCUAGGCAUAAUAACUUCCUGGAGUUUUGUCUUAGCCAAGGUUGUGGGGGAUGUUAGUCUUCAGUGAAUUCUGCCAGAAAGGUUUUGGAAGUCAGGUGAGGUACUAUAAAGAAUGACAAAGUCUGCAUAAGGAGGAUGUCAUGGUGGAUGAAUGGCUCUGACACAGACAGAGGACUUAUAUCCAGGAGACUGAGGUUGUGUUCUGUUUUGUUUUGCACUUAGUUAACUUAUCAUUUUCAUUUAUUUAUUUUAAGCAACAAAACUACUUAGAUUGCCUUUGGGCAGAAAGCCCUUAAGGAAAACUUCUCCCAUGUGCCUUAGCGAAGAAAUAGCCAGGCACAUUACCUGAUUUUACACUUUUGUGUAUUUUAAAUUUUUUUUACAACUAGUGAGAUUAUUACUGCUGCUUACCUUUGGACAGAGCCAAGCUGCUUAUUUCCUGGUUCCCUGUCUUAAUGCUGAGCUAAGCUAUCUUGGCUGCUGAUGGUAGCUUCAUAUUUAACACAGAUAUAAGACAUGAAAUGACACUCAACUUGUAUUUUUGUGUCACAGCCAUAAAAAAGGAAGCAGAUAUGAUCUGUCCUUGGACAGUCAGUGACAUACAAAUCAGAUGUGCAACAUGAAAUGGAAGACGUCUGCAUUUCUUGGUGAAUGAGUGGUUUAAGUAGGAGGAAGACAAGAUCUAACACCCUGGUUACAACAAACCCGGCAGCCUGAACUUUGACACCAAAGACUGUGAUUAUAAACAUUUAUAGAGAGGACUCCUGGGUAGUGUGUUAUAUCUAGGGUCUGUCAUCCAUCAAGGAGAAACAUUAAGAAAUACAGUUUCUGAAAGUUUGCUUUGUGUUUUUUGUUUACCGAGUAUGAUGCUGCUCUCAUAAACUCACAUGGCAGCAGAGGAGGGUGCGAAGAAUGACUGCAUAGUAUCUGCGUAUUGCAGAAAUCUAUUUUGAUUUCCACUACUGAAAAUCCAGAUUAUAGACAUGUUCUCACAUGGAAACUCAUUAAUUCCACAUAGAAGAAGCCAAAAGACUGCUGAGAAUACAAAUGUACAUAAGAUUGUAGAUUGCAAAAUAUAACGUAUUAAUCACACAGAGACACACACAUGCGUUCACACAGCGUUUCUGCAGGAUAUUAAUGACUCCUUUAAUGAUUAAAAUAUUAUUUCGCAAUGAGUUGUGAAAAAGUGUGCAACAUCAUUUUCUGAUUCACUCAACUCCUGUUGUACUGUAUGUAUCACUAUGAAUAUGUUGUGUUUUUGUACCAAGAAUUUGAAUACUAUGAAAAUCCUGUGGUUAGUGCUGGGACAACCACAUAUUUGCUAAAAUAAAGCACUCAGUUUCAGUUAA